AUGUUUUCAGUUUCUGACGAUCUAUUGGACAAGGCGGCGGAUCACUUCGAGGAGUUCUUCGAAGAGGUUUUUUUGGAGCUCAUGAAAUAUGGAGAGAUAGAGGACAUGGUUGUGUGCGACAAUAUCGGCGAUCAUAUUAUUGGCAAUGUAUAUGUUAAAUAUCGUGAUGAAAACAGUGCCGCACACGCCAUUUCCAUGCUAUCCGGCAGGUUUUACGGAGGUAAACCCAUCCAAUGUGAAUAUACACCAGUGACUGAUUUCCGAGAGGCUCGUUGUCGCCAGUUUGUGGAGGGUCAAUGUCGCCGUGGAGGUUACUGCAAUUUUAUGCAUAUCAAACAUGUCCCUCGGUCGGUGCGCCGCAAGUUAAACGAACGAAUGUACGCCGAAUUUCCCGAAUACAAGAGGCGGCCAAUGCGCGGGUCAGAUAGAAGCGGCAGCUACGAAAGACCCAAACGUCAGACUAGUGAGGAACGUCGCAACAUGAUAGAGAUGUGGAACCGAGAACGCGAAUCUAGAGACAAUGUCGAUUGA